AAAAUUAAAAACAAAAUGGAGGAAACUAAAAUGCUUGUCCAAGCAUUUGCUGAAGGUAUGGAUGCAGACUGGAUAGAUGACCAAGAAGGACAAGCAGAUCCAUCUUACAGUGCACAUGGUGAGCUGUACGUGUCGGAUAAAUGUGGCAGCGACCAGGACGGAGACGGGACCGAGCAGAAGCCCUUUAAAACUCCCCUCAAGGCUCUGAUGUCUGUCGGGAAGGAGCCAUUCCCCACCGUCUACGUAGAAUCACAGAAGGAAGGAGAGCGUUGGGCCGUGAUCUCCAAGACCCAGAUGAAGAAUGCAAAGAAGGCCUUCAACCGGGAACAAUCAAAGAAUGAUGCCAAAGACAAGAAAGAGGCCGAGGACACCGAGAGGAGAGAGAAGAACAUGGAGGAAGCCAAGAAGAUCGUCAUCGAGAAGGACGCCAGCCUACCUGAGCCUGACGCUGUAAAAAUUCAACAUCUAGAGGCCAAACGAGGUCAGAGAGUGAAAGUGUUCGGAUGGGUCCAUCGUCUCAGGAGGCAGGGAAAGAACCUGAUGUUCAUCGUGUUGCGAGAUGGAACUGGUUUCCUCCAAUGUGUCCUCUCUGAUAAACUGUGCCAGAGCUACAACGGCCUGGUGUUGUCCACAGAGAGUACAGUAGCUCUUUACGGCACCGUCACUCCGGUCCCAGAGGGGAAACAGGCACCCGGAGGCCACGAGCUUCACUGUGAUUACUGGGAUCUGAUUGGCUUGGCUCCGGCAGGCGGCGCUGACAACCUGCUGAACGAGGAGUCCGAUGUGGACGUGCAGCUGAACAACCGACACAUGCUGAUCCGAGGAGAGAACGUGUCCAAGAUCCUCCGAGUGAGAUCCACCGUCACACAGUGCUUCAGGGACCACUUCUUUAACCGAGGAUACUACGAGAUCACUCCUCCGACCCUGGUGCAGACACAGGUGGAGGGCGGUUCCACGCUGUUCAACCUCAACUACUUUGGCGAGGAGGCGUACCUGACGCAGUCGUCCCAGCUCUACCUGGAGACCUGUAUACCCGCUCUGGGUGACACCUUCUGUAUCGCUCAGUCAUACAGAGCCGAGCAGUCUCGCACCCGCAGACAUCUAUCUGAAUACACUCACAUCGAGGCAGAGUGUCCCUUCAUGUCUUUCGAGGACCUGCUGAACAGACUGGAGGAUCUGGUGUGUGACGUGGUGGACCGAGUGCUCAAGUCCCCCGCCGCUCAGCUCCUCUACGACAUCAACCCUAACUUCAAGCCGCCCAAGAGGCCGUUUAAGAGGAUGAACUACACUGAAGCCAUCGAGUGGCUCAAAGAGCACGAUGUGAAGAAGGACGAUGGCACUUACUACGAGUUUGGAGAGGACAUCCCCGAGGCUCCGGAGAGGAUGAUGACCGACUCCAUCAACGAGACCAUCCUGCUCUGCCGCUUCCCGGCGGAGAUCAAAUCCUUCUACAUGCAGCGCUGCGAGGACGACAAACGCCUCACUGAGUCGGUCGACGUCUUGAUGCCAAACGUUGGAGAGAUCGUCGGAGGCUCGAUGCGUAUCUGGGACGCUGAGGAGCUGCUGGACGGAUACAAGAGGGAGGGAAUUGACCCGACCCCUUACUACUGGUACACUGACCAGAGGAAAUACGGCACAUGUCCUCAUGGAGGUUACGGUCUGGGUCUGGAGCGUUUCCUCACCUGGCUGCUGAACAGACAUCACAUCCGAGACGUCUGCCUGUACCCCCGCUUUAUCCAGCGCUGCCGACCAUGAACACACACACACACACACACACACACACACACACACACACACACACACGCGCGCGCGAUCAUACACACACAGUAAUGCACACACACACACACACACACACACACUCUGGUAGUCUAUCUGGACCCGGCAUGUGGCAGCGCUCUGUCUCAGCAUUAACAAAUCAAAGAGUUCUGUGUUCGGCCUUUAGCUGGUUUCUUUCCAUCACGUCUCCUCACAGAGAGCUACAGAUCUCACGUCAGACGUCACAGCCGCCAUCUUGAAACUUAAACCUGAACGUGGAUCAUCGUCUGCUUCUGCUCGUGCUCAUGGCUGAUUAUUACAAGGUGAUGAAUAACAGUUAGCAUUAGUUUCCUGUGAGUGUUUCAUGUCUGCAUGUCCAGAUAAAAUGCCAAAAUAUUGUAAACGUGGUCUUGAUUGCUGCUCAGUGAUAUCCUGUUCCUCUUUAAAUUAAUUUUCUACAACUUAGUGUUCAUUCAGAGAGAUAAUCUGAAGGGAUUUGAAAAAGUAAAGCUGCAAACUUCAUUUGAAAAUCAUGAACUAUCAAAGAAAUGUUUUUGAUGUUUGGUUGCACAUGUUAGAGCCACAGCUCAGUUUUUGGAACAAUUAAAUAAAAAAGUUUUCCCUGGUUUAAAAAAAACAAACUUAUAUUGAAAUUGAAAGGAUUAAGAUUACAUGAAGACUUCAGAAACUACUGAAGCACUUCCUUUAACCGUAAGAUGCAGAAGUUCUCACAAGAUACGGUUUACACUUUGUUCCUUGGUUGAAUGAAUGUGAGAAUGCAUGAAUAAUUUGCAGCAUAUUUCCAAAGUUCUGUUGGUUUCAAAUUUUUUUGCAUUCCUGUGACGUCCAGAAAACAUACAGCAAAGGCCCCGAGAACAUCUGCAGAACUGCCACACACACACACACACACACACACACAUACAAACACACAUUGUUCUGUAUAUCUGAUUCUAACUCUUGGUGGUUUUGUGAAGUUGAAUAAAUCCCCUGUUUGGUUCAAACCCUCGCUCUGCAGCAUUUCCACUCCUUCCUAUAUAAAGAUGCAGCGCUGACGCUGGAGUUCUGGAGAGCCGCCCGUCCUUCAAACAACUCAUUCAGUCUUCGGUGGUUUAGAAAUCAUCGUGUUUGCGCGCUCUGCCUCUUUGUGUAAAAAUAUGCCUCUAUCAAUAAACUGCACUUCAAUAAAACCUGAAUCAAACA